GUCUGUGAAGAGAUAUUGGCAGGUAUGACUGAAAGGAAGAGGCCAGUGACUGCCAAACCAUGCAGUCAAUUCAGUCAUUUUGCAGGACUUUGCAUAGCCAGGUCUUUUUAAGAAAAUCGUUGAUGUGUCAAAGUACCGUUCUUUUUCUGGGCUACAAAAAUCCAGCUGCAGGUUCCAAGUCUGCUCAGAGCAUAAACACGUCUUCAAGGGCAAAUUCUUAUGUCGAUAAGGAUCGUCCAUUGCCAAAAUAUUCAAAAGUUUCCAAAAACAAGGGUAAGGUCAAAGGCCCAUUGAUGAAUUCCUUCACUGUGUUUUCUGCGGGUGCAUCAAAGAAAAGAGCGGACAUGCAGUAUAAACCAGAGACAUUGGAUGACCAGGAAUCGACUCCUAGAAGUGCGAAAUUCUCAGUCCCAUCAAGCCCUUUGCCAAUCAAGGAAUGGAGUAGCUUGAAAUUGGAAUUUACUGGAUUGAAAGGAUUUGAGGAAUAUAUUAUGGCAAAAUGUAUUUCAAACAAUAGUGACAUUGAUAUUGCCAAAUCACUCUUGAAUUUUGCAGCGAAAGAAGAACACGGCAUCAGUUAUGCGCUACUUCUAAAAUAUUUAGCUCUGUGUGUGAAAAAAAAUGCCAUUUCAGAGGUUUAUGAUGUUUAUGAUAUAAUGAGAAUCAAAUUCAAGUCUUUGGAAACUGGAGCCUGCAGCUUGUUUAUUAAGGCAUUUAGCCAAACUGAUCGCUGGAGAGAAUCAGUUAGUAUGUUGGAAACUAUUAGGAAAACUGUUUGUCCUUCCUCCGGAAACUACAGAGAUUGUAUUAAAGGAGCUGCUUCACAUGGAGAGGAAAUGUUAGCAUUGACCCUCUAUCAUGAAAUGCUACAAAGUGAACUGAUUCCCUCUGAUGAUACCAUCCAGGCUCUGUUUGAUGCUGGUAGGAUCAUCCAAAAUAAGACCUAUGACAAUGAACUAAUCAGCAUAUUGAAUUAUUUUAGAGACAACCAGAUCUAUCCAGGGGAACCUCUUAUGGAAAGUAUCAAGUCAUGGUUUGAAAGUUUACCCAAUGAAAGUUGGAGAGGGAGUCUUGGCAGCAUUUCCCGUAGUGGUCAUUGCCAGGUUUGCCAAGAACAAAUGGAGUCCAUUUAUAUGAAGCCUGAAGAGUAUGGUGCAUUGAAGGACAUUUUUCUCAAUAGCGUUAUCAAAGGAACAGAUACCUUCCGGAAGACCACACCACAGGAGCUGCAGGAUUUUCAACAUUUUGUGCAUUCCCGACCUCCAUAUGAUAUUGUAGUUGACGGACUGAAUGUGGCACACAUGUCCACUAAUGGCAUACGCUCCCAAAAUCUCUUAGAUGUGGUGAGCAGCCUGGCUAGUGGCGGGAAACGUGUGCUGGUCCUGGGACGGAGACACAUGUUGCAACACUCACGGGGAUGGCAACGGCGGCACUUAGAACAGCUGCAACAACGGGCAGAUUGCUUCUUCCUUCAAAAUACGUCAGAAGAUGACCCAUUCCUUCUGUAUGCCAGCUUGUAUUCUGGAAACCACUGCCACUUUUUGACCAGAGACCUUCUGCGAGAUCACAAGGCUUGCCUCCCGGACCCUCAGACUCGACGUCUUUUCUUUAAGUGGCAGCGUGGCCACCAGCUGGUCAUCCCCUUCUAUACACCGGGAAGUAAAAUCAUCCUACAGCCAAUCCUGCGUUAUGAUACCAUCCUGCAAAAUACAGACGUCUCCUGGCAUAUUCCGUACGAUAAGACAGGAGUGAAGAGGGCUACUUUUGAAGUUCCUGAAACCUGGCUAUGUCUACGAAAGAAUCAUUAGAAACAAAAUGUAAUCCAUUCGAUUUCUUAUGAUUUAUUAAUCGCUCAUUUUGUUUUCUUACGUUGCAAUAAAUAAUUAUUCCCAUAAUUAAA